AGUCCGUCCCAAAGAACCAGAAAAAACGAGAGAUUUCUGGUUCUGGAAUCAUCGUGAACUCGCCAGAUCGUAGAACUCUCUAGACUCUCAUCGCCAUCACUCACUAUAAAUUCCAUUUCCCGUUGAGCAAACCACGAGAAUCGAUCGCCAUUAACAUUGCUCGCAUUUUGCUUUCUUGCUUGAAUUCCAAUCCCUUUUCGUUUAUUUCUCUCACUCGUUCAUUUCUUGCUGAUUCUUCCCGCCAUGGAGGACGAUUUUGAGUUACCAUCUGCAAGCAAUGUGGACGAGGAAAUGGGUUUUCCCGAGGAUGAAGCGGAGAGCUCAGUUCUGAAGGUUGGCGAAGAGAAGGAGAUUGGAAAGAAUGGGCUGAAGAAGAAACUUGUUAAAGAAGGUGAAGGAUGGGAAACUCCUGACACUGGCGAUGAAGUCGAAGUGCAUUAUACGGGAACCCUUCUUGAUGGAACUCAAUUUGAUUCGAGCCGUGACCGAGGAACGCCUUUCAAGUUCAAGCUCGGGGAAGGGCAAGUAAUUAAAGGGUGGGAUGAAGGUAUCAGAACAAUGAAAAAGGGUGAAAAUGCAGUUUUCACGAUACCCCCUGAAUUGGCCUAUGGAGAGUCCGGCUCUCCUCCAACAAUUCCACCGAACGCUACUCUUCAAUUUGACGUUGAGCUACUUUCAUGGCACAGUGUCAAAGACAUCUGUCAAGAUGGAGGAAUCUUGAAGAAGAUCCUUGUUAAAGGAGACGGUUGGGACAAACCGAAGGAUUUAGACGAAGUCUCGGUUCUUUAUGAGGCUCGUCUAGAGGAUGGUACUCUGAUCUCAAAAUCUGAUGGUGUCGAAUUCACCCUUGGAAAGGGGUACUUCUGUCCUGCCUUGGCAACAUCUGUGAAGACGAUGAAGAAGGGAGAGAAAGCUUUGUUGACUGUGAGGCCACAAUAUGCAUUUGGGGAGUCUGGUAGGCCUGCAGCUGGAGAAGAAGGUGCUGUGCCUCCAAAUGCCACACUUCAGAUAACCCUUCAACUGGUUUCUUGGAAAACUGUUACAGAGGUUACUAAGGAUAAGAAGGUCCUGAAGAAGACUCAAAAGGAGGGAGAAGGAUAUGAUCAGCCAAAUGAGGGAGCAGUGGUGCAAGUGAAACUCAUUGGCAAACUGGUUGACGGGACGGUUUUUACGAAGAAGGGUGAUGAUGAGAAGCCUUUUGAGUUCAAAACUGACGAAGAACAAGUCAUUGAAGGACUCGACUUGGCUGUAAGAAAGAUGAAGAAGGGAGAAAUUGCCUUGGUGAUGAUUUAUCCACAAUAUGCAUUUGGAUCUUCCGAUUCAUCCCAAGAUCUAGCUGUGGUUCCUGCAAACUCAACUGUAUAUUACGAAGUUGAGCUAGUUUCAUUCGUCAAAGAAAAAGAAUCUUGGGAUCUCAGCACAGCAGAAGAGAAAAUAGAAGCAGCAAGCAAAAAGAAGGAAGAAGGAAAUGUUCUGUUCAGAGCUGGAAAAUAUGACAGAGCAUCAAGAAGAUAUGAAAAGGCUGUGCGCUACAUUGAAUAUGAUACUUCUUUCAACGAUGAGGAGAAGCAACAGAGCAAGGCGCUAAAGAUUUCGUGCAACCUCAACAACGCUGCUUGCAAAUUGAAAGUCAAAGACUACAAACAAGCAGAGAAGCUCUGUACAAAGGUGUUGGAACUGGACAGUAGGAACGUGAAAGCUCUUUAUAGAAGGGCUCAAGCAUAUAUUCAACUCGUUGAUCUUGAUCUUGCUGAGCAGGAUAUCAAGAAAGCCCUUGAAAUAGACCCAGAUAAUAGGGAAGUGAAGAUCGAAUACAGACAGUUGAAAGAGAAAGUGAAGGAAUACAACAAGAGAGAUGCACAGUUUUAUGGCAACAUUUUUGCAAAAAUGAACAAGUUGGAGCAGGCGAAGUCUGCAAAUUCAGCAGGGAAGCAGGAGGCAGUGCCAAUGACCAUUGAUAGCAAAGCUUAGUGGCCAGUAGUUUGAUACUUAAGCCUAUGCAUAACGAGGUGUUGUGUUUGGAGAACAUAGCAUUGUAUUGGUGUCUUGUUUACACUUUGUAUAAUAACUCAGUGUUUUGAAGAGUGCUUGUGCAUUGCUUUAUCCAUUCUCCUUUCAGAUGAGAGAAUACAAUAAAAAAUCCUUCUGUUUUCCAUAUA